AUGCAAAUAUCUACCGGGACAUCUGAGCUUCGGGACAUAACAAAAAUGGAGCGAAUUGGUGCCCAUUCACACAUUCGCGGUCUGGGGCUCGACGAUCGUUUAGAGCCUAGGCAAAACUCACAGGGACUCGUUGGACAGGUCAAGGCGCGCAAAGCAGCUGGGAUGAUCCUCAAAAUGGUACAAGAGGGAAGGAUUGCUGGUCGGGCGAUGUUGUUUGCUGGACCACCGUCCACGGGAAAGACAGCUAUUGCACUAGGCAUGGCGCAGAGUCUCGGUUCUGAUGUCCCAUUCACAAUGAUUGCGGCGAGCGAGGUUUUCUCGUUGUCCAUGUCCAAAACGGAGGCUCUCACGCAAGCAUUUCGACGAAGUAUUGGUGUGCGCAUAAAAGAAGAGACAGAACUUGUUGAAGGAGAGGUCGUGGAGAUACAAAUUGACCGAAGUCUAACUGGAGCUACUAAGACCGGGAAGCUGACGAUAAAAACCACGGAUAUGGAGACUAUAUACGAUUUAGGAACGAAAAUGAUCGACGCGUUGACAAAGGAGAAGGUGUUGGCAGGAGACGUCAUCGCCAUUGACAAGACCUCUGGCAAAAUCACAAAACUCGGACGGUCCUUUGCGCGUUCAAGGGACUACGAUGCCAUGGGGGCCGAUACGAAAUUUGUCCAAUGCCCCGAAGGCGAAAUCCAAAAACGAAAAGAGGUGGUCCACACCGUCUCACUACACGAAAUCGACGUUAUAAACAGUCGGACUCAAGGCUUCCUCGCGCUAUUUGCUGGUGACACCGGGGAGAUAAAACCCGAGCUUAGAAACCAGAUCAACACCAAAGUAGCUGAGUGGCGGGAGGAAGGCAAGGCCGAAAUCAUCCCUGGUGUUCUAUUCAUCGACGAAGUGCACAUGCUCGACAUUGAAUGCUUCUCGUUCCUCAACCGGGCUUUAGAAAAUGACCUUGCCCCUCUGGUGAUCAUGGCCUCCAACCGUGGCAUGGCGCGCAUCCGGGGCACCAAGUUCAGAAGCCCGCAUGGGCUGCCGAUGGACCUCCUUGAUCGCGUCUUAAUAGUCAGCACGAAGCCGUAUACAGAAAGCGAUAUCCGGGAAAUCAUCCAGAUUCGGUGCCAAGAAGAGGACGUACAGCUGACGCCGGAAGCAAACAACGUAUUGACCACGAUGGCUCUGCAGACCACCUUGCGAUACGCACUGAACCUCAUCGCAUGCGCCCAGGUCGUGUCGAGGAAACGCAAAGCCGAGUUGGUGGACGUGGAGGACUUGCGUCGAUCGUACACCUACUUUAUGGAUGAGAAGCGGAGUGUGCAGUGGUUGAAGGAACAGCAGGGUUCUUUGAUUUUUGAGGAGAUAGAGGGGGGUGCAGAUGACGUUAUGGAUAGUUCGUCAUGAUGCAUGGAAGCGAGCGCUUUUUUGCCCGUUGACUGCAGGUUGACUGUUGAUGCGGGCUUACAGGCCUCUCGAUGUGUGUGUACGACUUUCCACCCCUAUUGUACGCGAUCCCUGUUUGAUUAUUGAUGCUGGGCUUGCUUAUCUCUUCUUAUCUACUCCGUUGACCCAUC